AUUAUAUAUAUCAACAAAAUCUAGUAAAUCAAACAUUUUACAAUACAACAAAAUGCCAAGCAAAAAGAGGAAGUACAAUGCUAGAUUUCCGGCUGGAAGAAUUAAAAAAAUUAUGAGAAUUGAUGAUGAAAUUGGUAAAGUUGCGUUACCAGUUCCAGUUAUGAUUUCUCGAGCAUUGGAACUUUUUGUUUCAUCUCUUUUAGUCAAAGCUGGUGAUAUAACAAUGCAAAAGAGUGCAAGAACUCUUACUCUUGCCCACUUAAAACAUUGUAUUUAUUCUGAUAGCCGCCUUGAUUUUCUUAAAGAACUGGUAAAAAGUACACCUGACAAUUUGGAAGAAUGUAAUGAUAUUGCAGAUCCAGUUGUCACACAAAAUAAUCAAGUCAGCAAUAAUGAUAGUGAUGAUGAAACAACACCGAAGGCAAUCGAAUGGUACCUGUUAAACGGUUGCGCGUGCCGGUUGUCUGCUGCCGAGUACCGUUGGCUGGUCACUUUUCCCGGGGAAGCGAGCGCCAUACCAUUGUCGGACACGAUAUCUCACCUGAGCGCGAUGCGUCUGCUGUUGUCCACGCGCCGCCGCCGUAGCCGCCAGCAGCAUUUGGUCGCAAACCCGAACCGUUGUCCGACCGUCGAGCGAGCGUGUUCAGCGACGCUGUCCAGGACAGCGUGGUUCGAUCGACUGCUAGCAGUGUUGGCGUCCGAGGACGAUCACGUCAGGUACAUGGCCACGUGCGUGGUCACCGAAGCAGUGCUGAGCUGUGCUGACGACGACAGCGAUUCACCGGAACGCCUGAUCGACAAACUAUUGCUGACGAUCGUGACGGCGACGGGCCGGUCGUCUGCCGCAGCCAUCAACGUGUUGACGCGUGUCCUGGAUGCCAAGUCUGACGACCGACGGAUCUCGACGGAGGCUGGAACGUUUUGUCACCGCGAUGACGAAGGAAUGGGAGGCGACCGUUUCGCCACUGUUGCAAAUUGCUUCGACGUCAAGGCGUUGCUGAUGGACCGGUUGAACGAUCGGUGGUCGGACGUUGUGAACGCAGCGGUGCACGAUACCGGAACAACCGUGGCUGCGGAUCUGGCCGAAAUCGUUUGGCUAUGGACCGCGGCGUUUCGUUGGUUCCGGUCCGCGGGCCCGGCGUACCGGAAUCGCGAACGGUUCUACUCGGAACUGCCCAGCCUGGAGUGGCUGCUGUACCGCACGAACACGGCGCCGUCGGUGUGGCUGAACACGGUCCGGUUGUUUGGCGCCGGUUUGCAGAUGUCCGUGGGUCGGCCGAAAGCCCUAAGUGUGGCGGUGGCGAGGCUCGCGUUGGACGGCUUCAUCCGGCGGCGGCUGUUGUACUUCAUGGGGAAAAUGGCGAGCGGUUUCGGCCAGACCAGGGCGUUACUGCAGGAGACCGUGCUGUUGGCGAUGCGGUCGUUGCGCGCGUUCGUCGUUGGUAGCGAUCGGCCGUCCGACGGCGCUGACGACAGCGGAUAUCCUUCGAUACUGCAAACCACGGUCAGAGACGUUGUUGACUCUGACCUGUACGUCAAGGCCAGCGCGCUGUACCCGACUGACCUAGGGUUCUGCCGGUGGUCGGUCCGCCUGAUGAGCGACCGCGACGACGCCACCGUCGAAUGUCUGGCGUGCGCGCUGGAAGUCGCUGAUGCCGUGCCCGCUGUCCGGCCGCUACUCGACCCGUUCGCCGGCUUCGCUGAAUUGCUGGAGUGCGUGUCGUACGAAGCGGACGUGCUGUUGGACUAUCUCAUUUCCGACGAGAGCGAUUUGCCGUACGCUCUGCGCGUGCUGAAGAGUUGCCGAGACGCCCGCUUCUUCAGCUUCGGCGCCGUUGACGAUGCUAUGGGGCUGCUGAUCAGACCGCAGCGAAGAUGCCGACUUCACGAGAACUGCGUGUUUCCGUACAACAUCAUGCCCAUCGCCAAACUGAUACGCUGUGCCAGCGAUGUACGUUGA